GGAGACGUAGAGGAGUCACAGAUUCGUUCCUGCUGCAGUGAGGCUCUUUGAAGAUAUGUACCCCGUCGAGGCAUAAUGGACGAAGCCGACGUCCAUUCUUCCUGCGUCCUGGUUGACCGCUGUCGCUGUCUCGUGGGAAUUGCCCUACGGCGUUUUGUUGUGGAAGUCGCUGUUCGUUAGCCUCGUAUCGAGUCUACGGUUCCCCGCUCAGUCGGCGGCCAAUAGAAACACAAAGAAAAACCAAGAGUCCCUUGAAAAAGGGAGGAAGAAACCGUCACAGAUAAUCUUCUCUGCUUCUCCGUUCCUUGCUGCUUUCUAGAUUCUGUCGGAGCGGGCGGUUUCUCCUCUUGUCUGGCGCCUCCCCUGCAUCUCUUCCACCACUGUGGAGCGCAUUGUUCUAACCGCGAUAUUUUUAUAUUCCGAUGUGGGCAAGGCACCUAUGGCGUCAGGUGAGAUGAUGCAUAUAACAACGAAGCUUUCCAUCCUCAUUUCGUUUCAAUGUGUGCUUUGUACGUUCUUACCCGAGCGCGUCACUGCGCAAGCCAUGCUGAAGCCAGCACGCGAUCCAGAAGGUGCUCGCGGGGUUGGUUCCUCGUCAGUUUCAAUGUCACAGGCUUCAAGUGUUGUAGGGACACAGGCACGGUGGCUUGCCGAAGGCAGCCCUGGUGAGGAGCCUGAUCCUGUCCGUGAAUUGCUCGAUCUUGAAGAGGAGCUCCAGGACCUUCUUGCAUUGAGAUACAGGGAGCGGCAACGCUUUCGGCAUUGUGCGGCGACAGACCCAGAAACGUUGAAACAGAUGUUUGAACAAAAGCGUGAAGAGAAGGAAGCGGCUUGCAACGUCUGGGCGGCAUUGCUAGAUGCCCUCUCUGAGAAAAUUGAUGCCAUGGACAACGAGAGAAAGGCCAUGCAAAAGCGUCUCACACAGAUGCAGUUCGAACAGUAUCUUGCUGCAGCGGCUGCUCCCAGUCGAGCUGCAGCCGGGGGGGAAGGUUCGCGUUUCUCGUCGGGUGAAGCAGCGGAUUCUGCGAGCAAGAGCCAACCCCCUGGUGGUGCGGAAGGAACGCCAGGUGACGCUGGUUCCGUGGAGGCCUUGGAUAGGGAAUUAGCUCGCGUAAGGCAGCAAAUAAAACUGGCAGCAAAGAAGAGCAUAUGUUGUCGCGUAAAGCUGAAAAAGCACUUAGAACAUAAGCCACCGUCUCCAACGGAGGGACUGUUUGUACGUGAACAAUUGGCUGGACGCGCGUGGGAGGCCCGACGUCUCCAACUCGAGCAAAACGCUGAACAGGGGCGCGAAACCGCCGACCAACUUCGUAAGCAGCUGCAGGUACUUAAACAACGGAAGGCUGCGUAUGAGAAAGCGCACGGUUCUUCUCCGGGAGCCACAGGCUGUGAACAUGCCCCCUUACGCUUCGCCCGUUUAGGCAUUACCGUCGACGAACGUGAGGCGUCUAAAAUGUGGUUUCAACGCCCUAAUUUCAUAUGCCUCAGCCACUGCUCGAGUAGCGGUCCUACUGAUCCGGCUGGACUGCCUCGUCAUGAACCCCGACAUAAUGUGUUCCUUGCCCGGAGACAGCAUGUAUCGCGACCAAGUCGGAAGCCAGGCAGUAAACGGGGUCGCAGUCGUGCAGCUGAAGGCAGCGGUAAAACGGGUGACGAACACAAAGCAAGCACGAGUACGUCCGGACUUGCAGGACCAUCAGAGUUCCAAAAUGAACGACUGCACUGCGCUCUAUAUGGACUGACGAAUCCGUCGUCGACAGUAGCGAGUCGUUGGCAAAACCGUGUUCUGUGAAAUGGCACGGCUGAUUUCGUUUCCGCCUGGCAGCUGGUUCAGCAGCAGGGGAUGCGAGUCUGUAGACAAAGCUGCCACAGUUGCCGGAGUCAUGACGAUGUGGAUGUCGUCUCCUUCUUCCGUGUUUAGAGCCAAUGCCAGAGGGUCACGUGGAAUCUUCCAACGCCACCGCUUUCCGCGUUACAGCGUCGGAGUGACCCCGCUGGGUGCAUUAGACCUCUCGUUUUGUCGCUGGAACAGGAGUCAGUCACGUUCGUAGUGCCGCGGCGAAUGUAUGAACUACGAGG